AUGGCCAUUUCCAGCACUUCCCCAGCACCUAACAAUGGUUUGGACGCGUUUUUGGACGCAUCACGUGACGCAGAGCUCCCUGUCACACCGGGUCACAUCACCAUUGCUUCCUCAGCACCUGAUGCUGGCUCUGGUGCAUUUUUGGCCACAUCAUGUGACACUCCGGGCCAUGUCCCCAGGCAGGAGCCCAGACCUAUUGUCGACUGGAAUGCCAGGCUUCUGCAGGGCUUUGAUGCAAUACCCCCUCCUUCUGAGUUGUUGGCGCCUGCUGUGACUGACUGGUCUGCUGAACUCCAUCGCCACUGGUCCGAGAGCCACAUGAUGCGUCUUGAACAGAGACGACUCAACGACCCAUAUGCUGAGGUCACCACUUGGCGAGAGAAUCACAAUGCCAUGGAUCAGAAAAUCCAUGACCUCCGACGAUCUAACAUGAAGUUGGCAAAGGACAUCAUGUGGUGGGAAGAGCAACAUGAGCAAGACCUCAAGGAUGGUGAUAGGGAUGUGGAUACCUUCUGCUCUCAGUUGGAGGAGGCACUUAAGCAUCAAAAGCAUUGCAAGGUGGUGGAUGCUUGGCGAAAGCACAUCUUUCAGCAGAUGAAGGGAAAAAGUUGGGUGGAGCGUCAGCAUUUGAAUGAGCUGUGCAAAGAGGGACCUCCACCUGGCUGGGAGCCUUCUGAAUAG